UGCAAUAUGGCCGCCCACAGUGAGGGGUCAGCUAGCUAGCCAUUUCUGUAAACACUUUUAAAUAGCACUUCCACGGGAUUAUACUCGGUGCUACGCUGUGUCACAAUGUGGACUCAAAUCCGCGCAGUUUGUACUCAAAGGCACUACGCUUGUCGAAGAACUUUUUUUGCCGUAGCUCAUUUAAAUCCGUCACGCUACCGACGUCACGCUAACCACUUGAGCCAACAAGCAGCCGCACUUUACGGACAUCAUGCUUCCACCUGCCAAGCUCUGGUGUACAGAAAUCACGGAGACCCUUCCAGUGUCAUCCGUUUGGAGGAUUUGGACCUUCCGCAGCUGGGUACAAAAGAUGUUUUGCUGAAAAUCCUAGCAGCUCCCAUCAACCCGUCUGACAUCAACAUGAUCCAAGGCACGUACGCCAUUCUCCCUGACCUUCCUGCUGUGGGCGGUAACGAAGGAGUGGCCCAGGUGAUGGAGGUGGGCAGCCAGGUGACGUCCCUCCAAAUAGGAGACUGGGUCAUUCCGAAAGAUGCCGGCGUGGGGAUGUGGAGGACGGCAGCCAUCUUGAAAGAGGAUGAUGUCAUCUCGGUGCCAAAUGAUAUUCCCAUGUUGUGUGCUGCCACGCUGGGGGUGAACCCUUGCACUGCGUUUAGGAUGCUCUCAGACUUUGAGAGCCUCAAGCCUGGUGAUUCAGUAAUCCAGAAUGCAGCCAACAGUGGAGUUGGACAGGCGGUCAUUCAGCUGGCUGCAGCCAGGGGAAUAAACACCAUUAACGUGGUCCGAGACAGGCCAGAGUUCACACAGCUCAGUGAUAGGCUGAAGGCCCUUGGAGCCAGUCACGUGAUCAAGGAGGAAGACCUCAGGCGACCCGAAAUGAAGGAACUAUUUCAGACAUGCCCAAGGCCUAAAUUGGCCUUGAAUGCAGUCGGAGGAAAGAGUGCGACUGAGCUGCUUCGUCAUCUACAACUUGGAGGGUCCAUGGUGACGUAUGGGGGGAUGUCCAAACAGCCAGUGACUGUCCCAGUGAGUGCUCUUAUUUUCAAGGAUGUGAAAAUCUGCGGCUUUUGGGUGACACAAUGGAAGAGAGAGCACUCACAUGAUUCAACAGCAUUCCGCUCCAUGCUGGACCAACUCUGCUCCCUCAUUCGCCAGAAGAAACUGAGCGCUCCCGCCUGCACCGAGGUCCGUCUCCACGACUACAGGAAAGCCCUGGACGACGCCAUGCAGCCGUUCACCUCCGCUAAGCAGGUCCUGAUCACGUGACUCUUUGCUGGUUCGUCACGCAAUAAAUGUCGAGUUGAAUAUUUACUAUCAUUAUCAUGGGUCAUAUUUGUUGCUAAGAUAAUCCACAUAAGGAUUGAGGCUGGUUGUGUUAUGGUUUUAUUAGGGGCUAUAGCUAACAUGAUAGUGUUGGUUGGAGAGGAACAGCAUAUAUAUAUAUAUAUAUAUAUAUAUAUAUAUAUUUUUUUUUUUUUUUUAACUUCAACAUAAUGGUGUAAGACAGGGGUCUCAAACUCGCGGCCCGCGGGCCAAAUGCAGCCUGCGAGACGAAGUUUAAUGUUGAAAUGACAGCUUAAAGCUGUGUGCACACCGGACACAAUUAACAUGAUUUUGCCCCGCCUAUACUGUUACCCUACCCUGUUAUCCUGUUUUGCUUUGGAUUAGCAAUGAAGCUAAAGGCUUAUGACGCUGGGUACAAAUAAACGCAGGAAAUGAUUUGGAAUAAAACGGAAAAUACACGUCAAGAUAAAGCAUCUCAUCAAACAUGUUGUUAAAGUUACGACGCUGCUCCCAGACGGAACUGAGUACGAUGCUAACUUGCUAAUUGGGUAAAAUUAUUAAGUUUCAUUAAUGUUCAUGUUAAAGGUUAAAUAACUGUUAAUACUGUACAUUUGAAUCUGAAAAAAAUAAUUUCUCUACCAACUGUAUGUGGUUUCUUAUGUUUUUCUUAUUUGCUGUUUUAUUAUUAUUUUACUUAUUUAUUACUAAUUGAUUUAUUGUCUUUAUUCUUAAUUUGUUUAUUUUUUUAAUCUUAUUUUGUGUAUAGAAAAAUAAAAAUUAAGAUAUUUGAGAACAGUGGAAUGUUUUAUCAGAUAUUUUGGUGUGGAAAACCGGAACCAAAGUACUGAAAAAGUGUAGGGUAUAGCAGAAGCAAAAGCAUUGAAGAUAUUUUUUUUAUUUUUUUUUUUUCCAGUUUUUAAUAAAUGCGUUUUGGGGUUUUUUUUGAAAACCUGAUGCGGCCCGGCUUCACCCAGAACCUAGCUCCGGUGGCCCCCAGGUAAAUUGAGUUUGAGACCCCUGGUGUAAGACAUUAUUAAAAUUAACAGUUCUUGCAUCGAUACAGGACAUUAAGUGGCGAUGGUUUCGGAAUUUUGGUUGAGAAUGGAACCUAAUCAGAGCGUCAAUUUGCAGACCGCAACACCAUUAUGAUAGACAAAAACAAAAUGGUGACUGAUAGUAAACAAAAAUAGGAAUUAAAAAUGCUGAUUAAAAACAAACAGGAUACUUUCAGCCACAGAGAGAACGAGAAACGAACCACCGCCAAUGAAACUCGCCGCUUCUGUCACCAGGCAGCGCUCGUACCUUUCGUAAUCGACUUCUCGCGCCGCGCACACGUGGUCCACGCGGCAGGCGCCGUCGCACUCGCUGAGGUCAUAGCUCACCGAGUUGAAAUCAUAGUACUUCUGUAACUGGCAGCGGUCUGCAGAGAUUCCGUCCAGGAGCCGGUCCAUGGAGGCAGGGGAGGCAUCGGGGACGCGGAAACUCUCGGUGAGGCGGUAUUCCUUCUCCCAGCGAUCCCGGGCAGUGUUGGCAUGAGUCAGGUUCAGGUAGUAGGUCACCACGUCCUGCGUGGGGAAGACAUGGCAUCAGGUCUGGCAUCUUAGCGGCAUUUAUGUUCAAAGUCUUACUUUGACUAGGAGGGUUUGGGUGUCAUAUUCAAAGAUCCGAAUGCCAGGAUUGUUGGCGCCGUGCUUGACUCCGGGGAGUGUCGUCUCCCACGGUGUCACCCCAGGGGUGAGGAACAUUGUGCUGAUAGGAGAACCUGCAGGAACAGAGACUGUGAUGUCAGUCCAGGCAAAAAAUUGUGUUAGGCUCCAGCAUACCCGCAACCCUAGUGACAAUAAGUGGCAUAAAACAUAGAUGUAUAUGUUCUCCGCCAUCUUGCAGCAAACACUGUGUGGACGUUACCCUCUGGGUUGUAGAACAUGCGGAACGUAUCGGUGUGAUGAUGUCCAAAGAAUUGUCCCAUGAUGACGGAAUGGUGCUUCUGGAUCAAUUCCAUGUAUCGCUUGUUGAAGUGUUUCCUGAACCAGGACUUGUUUCUCUUCUUCUCAAACAUGCCUGGAGGUACGUGACCGAUGAUGUACACCUGUGGGUCAAAACCCAAACAUGAGGUAGCAUAAGUGGGUGUGGCUUUGCUAUCAUGGUCAGGGCUGUAAUACACUAGUACACUUUAUUCCUGUUUGAAACUCUUCCAUCACUUUUAACUUUGAAUAACUUAAUUCCUUAUAGGAGGCUGCACGGUGGUUGAGUGGUUAGCACGCAGACCUCACAGCUAGGAGACCAGGGUUCAAUUCCACUCUCGGCCAUCUCUGUGUGGAGUUUGCAUGUUCUCCCCAUGCAUUCCAAAAAACAUUCUAGGUUAAUUGGCGACUCCAAGGUAUGAAUAAGGCUCCAAGGUAUGAAUGUGAGUGUGAAUGGUUGUUUGUCUAUAUGUGCCCUGUGAUUGGCUGGCGACCAGUCCAGGGUGUACCCCGCCUCUCGCCCAAAGACAGCUGCGAUAGGGUCCAGCACCCCCCGCUACCCCGCAGUAGAAAAUUAAUGAAUUAAUAAUUAUAGCGGCUCGCAGCUAGGAAACCAGGGUUCAAUUCCAACCUCGGCCAUCUCUGUGUGGAGUUUGCAUGUUCUCCCCGUGCAUGCGUGGGUUUUCUCCGGGUACUCCGGUUUCCUCCCACAUUCCAAAAACAUGCUAGGUUAAUUGGCGACUCCAAAUUGUCCAUAGGUAUGAAUGUGAGUGUGAAUGGUUGUUUGUCUAUAUGUGCCCUGUGAUUGGCUGGUGACCAGUCCAGGGUGUACCCCGCCUCACGCCCGAAGACAGCUGGGAUAGGCUCCAGCACCCCCCGCGACCCUCGUGAGGAUAAGCGGUAGAAAAUGAAUGAAUGAAUAUUUUCCUUACCUUUUCUUUGUUUUUGGUCGCCUCUGCUAGGACCUGAUCCGCCCAGCUAAACUGUCCCGCGGGGUCUUCAUCAUUUUGGGUCAGCAUGUUGUUGCUAUAGUAUAGAUUGGUGUUGAGCACCAACAUCCUGAAACCAGUUCUAUUUAGCAGCUUUUCCGUAUAGUAUCCACCUGCAUGUAACACACAUUCAUAUCUCCUUAUAUCUCCAUUAAGAAGACAUCACUGAUCGCCAGGCUUAAAACAACCACCUUUCCGGAAUGUUACACCGGACUCGGGCUCCAACCAAUGCUGCCACAUUUGGGCUGUUUCGUCGUACAUGAAGCUCGGGCCUCCAGGCAGUUGGCUCUUGGGGUGGUAGUCAUGGUUACCCAGGGCAGAGUACACUUUAGUUCCUGCACACAGACAAAUAACAUUUAUGAGGCCAUACUGAAAAGUCAUUUCUCUGACUUCCCUUUUUCCGAGUGUGACAUACUUGGGAAAACCUCAUUUAUGAGGUCUGUAAGAUUUCUGAUAAUGCUCAGUACUGCCUCUGUGCCCAGUUUCUGGUCGGGAACGUGCGGUGUGUCGUCUCUGUGUGAAAUAAUACAAGCAUGGAAAAAUUGUAUUCCCAUUGGGGUGUUUUUUUAGGAGACCAGGUGCACAGAUUUACGAUUAAAGCACAUAAUCAUUUAAUCUCAUUUUAUAUUUAAAAUAAUAAAAAAUAUAUAUUUAAAAUAAAAUUUAAAAUAUUUAAAAUCUUAACAUAUAUUCUAAAAGAGAAUUACAGUGGAACCUCUGAGGUUGAAUAACAAGCAGUAACAACACACAGUAAUGCCUUGCAAAAUCAUUUUGAUUAUUUUUAUUAAGAAUUAAUUAAUUAUUGCUGUUUUGUGGUUAACUACAGCUAAUUAGUCAUCAAAAAUAUGCAUAUUUAAGCAAUUUUUAAAGUCUUUUUGGCCUAAAUAAAGCAUUUCAAGUAUAAAAAUUGCUGAAUGAAGGAAAAUACAAGACCUGGGUACACCUGCUAUAGGCCUACAAUACAGGAAGUUAUUGUUCAGUAUCCUCUGCACUGAUUGCCUCACCAUCGUACAACACGUGUUGCGAC